UCCUUACGAACCCUAGCACACACUGCUUCUAAAACAACAAUACCAUUCGUUGUGCUUAGGGUGAUUGAACUUUGACGUCGCCGUUUGCUCUUUCUCUUGAAAGAUGAAGGUGAUCGCAGCGUAUUUGCUGGCCGUGCUCGGAGGCAACAACAGCCCCUCCUCCGACGACAUCAAGGAAAUCCUUGGCUGCGUUGGAUCUGAAGCAGAUGAUGAAAAGAUUGAACAAUUUUUGUCUGAAAUUAAGGGUAAAGAUGUAGUUGAGGUUGUUGCGGCUGGUAGAGACAAGUUGGCCUCUGUGCCUUCUGGUGGCGGUGGUGCCGUUGCCGUCGCCGCUGCUCCUGGUGGAGGUGCUGCUGCUCCAGCGGCUGCCGAGCCAAAGAAAGAGGAAAAAGUGGAGGAGAAAGAGGAAUCUGAUGAUGAUAUGGGUUUCAGUCUCUUUGAUUAAUUGGUGUAGUCUAUUCAGCUUUUGUAUUAACUCUAGAGCUUCUGAGUGUGUCAAAGUUUUGUUCUAAAGAGUAAUGUAGUGUGAUUUAAUUUCAAUGAUAAACUAAGUUGGAUGAAUUUGGUUUGAUAUUUUAGUUACUCAAUGUUACGGAGUUUCGUUUUGGUUAAUC